AUGGAAAGAUCUCAAUUUCCUUUUUCGUCUCAUUUCUUAUUCCUCCUCCUCCUCCUCCUCCUCCUCUUGUUCUAUCUCUUGUCCUUCUCUUCCUCCUCAUCUUCCUUCUCCCUCUUAUUUAUUUUUCCUCUUUCUCCUCCUCCUCCGCCUAUUCCCGAUCCUCAUCUUCGCUUACUUCAUUUCUUCCUCAGUCUGUAUUUUUUUCUCCACCUCGUCCUCCUCUUUCUCCUUUCUGUCUCCUCCUCUUCCUCCUCCCUCUCUGUUCUCUUUCCUCCCAUCUCAUUGUUUCGUCUUCUGCGAGUAAGGUCUGUAGGCUCCGAGGGUCACUCACUCGCACCUUUGCCUUCUUUAGGAGAGAGCGGAGGAGGCGGCGGUGGUGGCGACGUCCAGGCGGUGUACCUGCAGGCCAACGGCGUGCCCUCCAUCGGCUCGUACGCGCAAUGGAAGGAGGAGGUCCCCACCCUCGCCAGCGUCACCGUCUGCUUCCACUUCUACAUCCAGCACGUCCGCUCCAGCCUCACGCCACUGCUCAGCUACUCCGUCCCCGCCUUCCAGGACGAGCUGCUCCUCUACGCAGACUGGAGCUCCGGCAGCUUGUCCAUAGUGUGCUGCGGCGGCAACGGCCGCGUGGAGCACCGGAACAUCUUUCAAUUUGAGCUCCUGCACGCCUGGAACCCAAUAUGUGUGGGCCUCGACCUGCAGGCGUGGCGCUACGUCAUCGCCUUCAAGUCCAUGAUGCACCGCGGCAAGAUCUCCAGCUUCUCGGGGCAGGAGCUGCUGGUGCGCGGCGGCGGCCUGCUGCUGGUGGGUCAGGAGCAGGACCUGCACGGCGGCGGCUUCAACAUCGAGCAGAGCUUCGAGGGCUACAUGGCGGGGCUGCUCGUGUUCCCGCAGGUGCUGCGCGACCAACGCAUGAAGGACUUCCUGACGUGUAGCCUGACGAGGGCGGAUACGGCAGUGGUGACUUUCUCGUCCGUGGCGCAGGAUUGGGAGGUGUUCGGCGACACGCAGGUCCUGUCCUUCACGGGGAGGGAGCUGUGCGGCCCGCCGAAGCCCGUGCACGCCAUGUUCCCGGAGCACCGCACGCUGAAGGAGUCCCGUGACCAGUGCCAUAUGCUGAAGGGCAGCCUCAGCGCCCCGCAGAGCGAGCAGGAGAACGCUGCUGUGGUGGCGGAGACGCAGGGCCGCAUGGGGGAGUGCACCAUCAGCUGGGGCGUAUACCUGUGGCUGGGCGUGCGCGCCGUGCCCUCCAACACCUCCUGGACCUACCGAAACAUGGAGACCAACGAGACCAUGGCCUACACCAACUUCCGGCCCGGCUACUCCAAGGCCGUGGAAUCGUACGAGUGCACGUUCAUGGACUCGUUCGUGCCGGGCAAGUGGGCGGUGUACCCGUGCUCCCUCAAGACCUGCACCGUCUGCUCCUUCAGCAAGCUCUCCAACCUCAGGCUGCGCGGCCUCUGCGAGGACACGAUGCUCGACCGCAUGUACGUGAUCAAGGGCGUGAAGAACGGCAAGCCGCUGUUCAGCGGCGUCGGCAACACCGAGGUCUUCUGGGACAACAGCACUUGGGUCAUCGCCGACUUGCUGCACCCCGAGAUCUCCGGCAGGAUGGAGAUGACCGGCCUCAUGCAGUACCCGCUGGGCCUCCGCCGCUGGAACAUCACAGGAGACAGGUGCCCGUCCACCGAGCAAGAGCUGCUGCUGACGGCGUGCAGCGCGGAGCAGUACACGUGUCACGACGGCGCGUGUAUCCUAAAGAUGCAGCGCUGCGACCUGGAGGUGAACUGCCCCGACCAGAGCGACGAGCGGCUGUGCACGCCCGUGGUGGUGCCCAAGGACUACAUCAGCGAGGUCCCCCCGGCGCGCGUGGGCACCGAGCCGGCGUGGAUCCACCUGAACGUGACCAUCCUGUCCUUGCAGCCGCUGGACACGCUCGGGAUGAAGCUCACCCUCGACAUGAGCCUCAUCAUGCACUGGCGGGACCCGCGCCUGGACAUGGAAAGCCUCAACUACGCCGAGACCCUCAACGUGAUCCACGAGGACAACAUCUGGCGGCCCAUCGUGCUCUUCCAGGACCUGACGGGCACCGAGGCCGAGACCAAGCUGCAAUGGGAGACCUUCGUGGUGAUGCUGGAGUCCAAGCCCGAGCCCGACGACAUCACGAGGGUCAGGGAAGAUGAAGUGUACCCGGGCAAGACCAACUCCCUCAAGCUGGAGCAAAAUUACUGGAUCAAAGUGUCCUGCCAGAUGCGCCUCGAGCUCUACCCUUUCGACAGCCAGACCUGCACCUUCAUCCUGCGCCUCCAGGCCUUCACGCGGGACCUGGUGGCUCUCAAGUCCGCGGGCACCACCGUGGAGUACCGGGGCGCCACCAACCUGCGGGAAUACGAGAUGCGGAACGUGGAGAUGAUAACCCACAACUGGCACAACUACAGCGGCCAGGAGAUCCGCUUCAACCUGGACAACCUCUCCGGCUUCUACGUGAGCAGCACCUACGUCCCAACCUUCCUCAUGGUGCUCAUCUGCUACUCCACCUUCUUCUUCGAGCUCGACGACUUCAACGACCGCAUCAUGGUGUCCUUGACGGCCCUGCUCGUUCUCGCGACUCUCUUCACCCAAAUCACGGCAACCACCCCAACGACGUCGUACCUGAAGCUCCUGGACGUGUGGUUCGUGGCUUGCAUCCUCCUCAACUUCUCCAUCGUCAUCAUGCUGGUCAUCAUCAACGUCUUCAGGAUGCGGGAGAACGAUGCCAGUACCGUCAGCGUCGUCAUACCGUUCGGGGCCAAGAAGCCGCCCCCGCCGCCGCCGUCCCGUAAGAACUUCUUCCCGCACCCGCCAACGAUCCUCAGCGUCAAACUCAACACCCUCGCGCAGAUCACGACGCCCAUCAUCCUCUUUGUCCUGGUGAUGGUGUAUGUGGGCCUGACGGUCUAGUUAAGCCUCCUUCUCCUCCUCCUCCUCCUCCUCCUCCUCUCUUCUUUAUUCUCCACUUCCUUCUCCUCCUCCUCCUCCUCCUUCUCUUAUUCUAAUCCUUUUUCUCCUCUUCCUCCUCGCUGUACUGCCCUCUUCCUUUUCUUCCCCUUCUCUUCCUCCUCUCAUUUUUAUCUUCCUCCUCCUCCUUCUUCUCCUCUCUUUAUCCUCGUCCUCGUCUUCGUCCUGACCCUCCUCGUCCUUCUCCUCCUCCUCCUCCUCCUCCUCUUCCUCCUCCUCCUCCUUGUCAUCAUCAGAGAGCACUGUGUUCAUAUCUCUUUCGGGUUCCUUUUAUAAUUCAUGGCCGCUCGAUUCUCUCUUCUGGUUAGUGAUAUUUAUUUGUUUUCUUUCUUUUUUAGCUUCAUUUUUCUUCUUUCCUCACUUUUCUUUUUCUUUUCUUUUUCUCUUGGUAUUAUUUUCUUUCUUUCUGUCUCAUGUUAUUUUUUUUCUUUCCUUCCUUUCUUCCUUCUUUCCCUUUUCCUUUCUUUCUUUCUUUCUUUCUUCCUUUUUUCUUUCCACCUCUCUUUCUUUCUUUCUUUCUUCAUAUUUAUCUUCGUCUUCAUCAUCUUUCCUCCUCCUCCCCCUCCUGCUCCUCCUCCUCCUCCUCCUCCUCCUCCUCAUCUUUGGUCUUAUCUUACUCCGAGGCAAGGAAGGCCACAUAGAAAACCAGACCAUUGAAGGCAAACUAAUAUAUUUCACCUUUGCCUUCUUAGUCUCGUCUAUUAGUGAGUUAGAUUCGCUCAUUCUCCUCCACACACCCUUCCACCGGAGCCUCGCAGCCUGGGUAAGCGAAUCCAUUGUACUAUAGCGUAUAUACUAACACUCUGUAGAACUUAGGUAUGGUGUGGUGUUUUAAUCUGUCUGUUAUUGUAUUCUUUCUAAGUAUAAAUCAGUUAAUAGUGUAGGAACUAGUGUGUUGAUUUUUAAGACACAUUCUCAAACACCUCGAGAUCUACACACACACACUCACACACACACACACACACACACGUUUGGUAAGACUUUCGUAGAGGUUAUGCUAGUCGUAUUUCCACGGGUAGUUUUAUGAGCCUAGUGGUAUUUUGACAAGGAUUCUGCACCAUGCAUGUGGAAAACAGUUAUGAGAACUCGACUAAUUUCCUUUGUGGCCUUGGGAAACAGUGGUUGUAAGACCCUAAGGCCGUAUUAUAAAACAUUUCAUAGCCCAAGUGCGCCUAUAUGACAAGGCUGUCGUAGGAGUUGUGAGGAUUUCCAAUAGUACUUUUAUGACCCUGGUGGUAGUUUGGCCCUUCUCCAGUACCGUGAACCUAAAGAAACACUCAUUAAAACCCGAUUGACCCCCUCUUUGACCUUUAGAAAUAGUUGAUGUGAGAAGAGUGUCUAAUAUACCGACCUAGCCUCUGAGAACAUGGGCUCCACCAUCCUCAAACGUGUCUGCUGCCUUGUUAACCUAUUCGCUCUCGUAAACGUUGCCGGGUCUUUUAUGGGCUGUUUUAUGACCCGAAUGGUGGUAGUUUUACAAGGUUGUUUCGCCAUGAUCGAGAGAAAACCACUUACCUCUCCAUCGAUUCUGACAUAUAGUACUCUCACCCUCUGUCCUGCCAUUUCUGUAAUCAUCUAUAUUCUCUUGUCCUCUUUCUUCUUCUCUCUCGUCGGUUACACUUUCAUUUUUCCUUCUCGGCGUCUCAGGUGUUUGGGGACUGCUGAACAGGUGACUUACUCGUAUAGUGUCCCCACUCCUCCCUCUCUACCUGCCUCGUCUCCUUAAUAAUAUAAGAAAACUAGUCAUAUAUACUUUAAUCAUUACCACGUUUCCGCAGCCACUGAAAAUAAUCAUAACGAGAGAUACGUUUGAGAACAUUAGUUAGUUAAAAGUGGUCGUCAAAUAUACUUGUCUCGUCAUCUCGCUUCUGAGGCCCUUAAAAAAUAGCCAUAACAAGAACACGACACAUUUGAGAACGUUAGUUAAUAGUAAUAAUCAAAUAUACUUUCCUAACCAACCUGUUUCUAUAGCCCUUGAAUAUGGCCAUACCAAGAGAGCCGUUUGAGGAUUCAGGCUUCAGGUUUCAAUGUUCAAAGUAGUUAAGUAUAGUAGUUAAGUAUACUUCCCAAUGGACUAAUACUGUUGAUAUAUGAAUAGCCAGGGACGAUUAUUGAGUUCCUAGGGGGUAGUUAAGGUCUGUACUUCACAAUGGACUAAUACUGUUGAUGUGUAAUACCCAGAGACGAUUAUUGAGUUCCUAGGGAGCAGUUAAGGUCUGUACUUCACAAUGGACUAAUACUGUUGAUGUGUAAUAGCCAGGGACGAUUAUUGAGUUCCUAGGGAGUAGUUAAGGUCUGUACUUCACAAUGGACUAAUACUGUUAAUGUGUAAUAGCCAGGGACGAUUAUUGAGUUCCUAGGGAGUAGUUAAGGUCUGUACUUCACAAUGGACUAAUGCUGUUGAUGUGUAAUAGCCAGGGACGAUUAUUGAGUUCCUAGUGAGUAGUUAAGGUCUGUACUUCAUAAUGGACUAAUACUGUUGAUGUGUAAUAGCCAGGGACGAUUAUUGAAUUUCUAUUGAGUAGUUAAGGUCUGUACUUCACAAUGGACUAAUACUGUUAAUGUGUGUAUAGCUAGGGACGAUUGUUGAGUUCCUAUAGGGAGUAACAUAGCCCCCAACAGUUCCUACCAAUAAAACCUAA